GCCUUUGCUGCGGUGAAAUCCCUCAACCCCGCCUCCCUCCGUCGGGCCAGGCGGGAUCACCGCGGGAGCCCCGCUCCGUGCAGCAGCCCGUUGGCUCCGGCCCAGACGGCGUGGGGCUGAAGGGGACUAGGAAAAGGGGGAGCAGACCGGAGGGACCAAGUGAAUAAGAGGGAGUGAGUUUAUUAUCUCUCUCUCUGUCAUGCGAAAAGUGCAGCAUGCUGUCCUCCGAUCCGGACACUGCGGAGGACACGGCGGCCAGUGCUCUCAAUGAUGCUGAGGGAGAGGAGCAGCAGCAGGAGGAGGAGGAGGAGGGCUCGCCAGCUGAGAGUGAUGUCCUAGAGGAGCAGCGUCCAGUGAAGCAGUCCCUUGGUUCUUGCAUCUGCCGGGAGUCCCAAUGGCGCUGCCUGCUGCUCUCUCUGCUCAUGUACGGCUGCCUGGGCGCGGUGGCCUGGUGUCGGCUGACCCGGGUCACCAAGAUCAGCUUCAACUCAGCCCUGACCUCCUCCUUCACGGCCUCCUUCACCUCCUCCAUGCGGGGGUCCUCGAUGAUCUACCACGACAGCCCUUGCUCCGGCGGCUACAUCUACAUCCCUCUGGCCUUCCUGCUCGCGCUGUAUGUCCUCUCCAUGGUGGAGUGCUGGCACUGCAGAGCCCGGAGCGAGCUGCAGAGCAACGCCGACGUGGACAGCGUGUAUGAGCGCGCGCUGCGGAUGAGACAGGCCCAGCCUUGCAUCUGGUGGAAGGCCAUCAGCUACCACUUUGUGCGACGGACUCGGCAAGUCACUCGAUACCGUAACGGGGACGCGUACACCACCGCUCAGGUGUACCACGAGAGAGUGAACACCCACGUGGCUGAAGGUGAGUUUGACUUCAGCCGCUGUGGGAUGAAAGAUGUGUCGCGCGACCUCGUCGGCCUGGAGGGACACCCGGCAACUCGCCUGCGCUUCACCAAAUGCUUCAGAUUCACAGAGGCCGGUGCAGAAAAUGAUUACCUCAACCAGAGAGCCAGGUUCUUCUCUGAAAUCGAGGGUUUGGAUGAUUACAUGGAGGCCAGGGAGGGGAUGCAGCUGAAGAACGUGGACUUCAGAGAACACCUGGUAGCUUAUGUCGAUCCAGAUCGGAUGCCUUGGUACACUUCCCAAGUUGCCUUCUGGCUGGCAGCUCUGCUGAUGUUGUCCUGGCCUCUGAGAGUGCUGGUCGAGUACCGCACUGCCUCUGUGCACUACCGCAUCGAUAAACUGUUUGGGUUGGAGUACCGACCGUCUCCUCAAGAUGAAGACAGGCCUUCGGGGAAUAAUACCGUGUGUGUUAUUCCAAGAGUCGACACACUGGACAGCACUGAGAUGGAGUGGCACAUACGCUGUAACCGCCAGGUGAUUCCCAGCUACUCAGAGGCCAUGCUGAUCAACCUGAGAUCAGCGGACUCAUUACAAGACACGGCGUCCUCAAACCGCUUCCUUCUGGACGGCGGCCAGGCGGCUCGGAGUUACGGCGCUCUGCAGAGCCAGGAGGACUGCGAGCGAUGCAGGGAGCCCGACGGAGGAGGCGACGGAGGAGGCGACGGAGGAGGCAGGAGGAGGACCGUCACCAGCUCCAGCUGCUCCUCCAUCUUCUCCCGCCGGGGGGCGCUGCUCCACUCGCACCUCUCGUCGGACACGUCGCGAUUCUCCCUGUGCCGCAUGUACGGCUCCCAUCGCACCGUGUCGCUGUGGAGGAGCCACAGCAGCAGCCUGACGGAGCCCUGCUGCGCCGAGGAGCGAUGCUGCCGGUCCGACUCCAGCCGGCUGGCUCUCAGCGACAGUCCGCCGACUUACGGGGACGCCCGGUUCUUCCCAGUUCUCAUCGUGCACCGGUCUGAGUGCUGCGGCAGCGAGGACGGGAGGGAGGCGAGGCGAUAUUACGGACGCAGAGAGUCUUCCUGCGUGGAGACGGAUCUGUGAAGGACACGGAGACACUUGAGUCAGGAUAGAUUCAGUAUCGAUGGAUGGUGUUGGUAUAAUUACAUUAUAAUCAGAAUCAGAAACAUGUAUUAGACACACGAAGAAUUUGACUUGGCGGCUAGUGUGUACAUAUUAGACAGAGAAACAAAACAACAACAAUUAAAAACAAUCAACAGUCAACAUAUAAGAUAAAAUAAAGUGGGUCAGUGGGGGAAUUAAUGAAUAUUUAUGGAACUCUUUCAAACUAUUCCACUGAAGUGAAGGAAUAUUCACUUCUACUUUUUUGAUACAGUCAGAAAAAGGUGAAACAGUCCUCAUAUUGAAUGGCACAUGUCUAUAUUAUUACAAUUGAAUUGUCUCUGAAACAGACGCAGGUGUGGUCGUAGUUAGUCUUAAGCAUCACCUCAGAAGUGUCGUACCCUCCUUGUGUUGCGGUGUGUGUAAUGACGAUACUAAUCUGAUCAUGGUGCAGACAUGAACACUGCACGACGUCAGCAUCCGAAUGUUUUCAUCCUUCAGAUUUCUCAAAAAUUACAGGAUGCAAAACUUCACCGGUUCUUACUUUUACCUUGUACUUGUUAUUUUAUGUGUGAAGAUUGUGCUUCUUAUAAUAAAAGUUGCAUGUCAUAAGU